AUGGCCGUGCUCGAGAGAAAGAAAAAUGGUCUCAGAAGGCCUUCAGUCUUCACGCAUGUGGUGAACAUUCGCAAGAGGAUGAAUCCUCCGUUAUCGAGUCCCCUAGGAAACUUUCUCUGGCUAGCUGCAGCACAUUACAAGGACACUACUAAAUCUCAUGAUGGUACCGAAGAUGUGUUGCCCUCUUUAAUUGGUGAGCUGAGAAGAGCAAUAUCCAAGGUAGAUGGCGAAUUUCUCUCAGGAUUAAGACAGGACAUAAGUUUGAUAAGUAGCUCUCUCGAAAAGGUGCUCGGAGUUGGGUUGUCUGAAAAAGGUCACGGAGUGGACCAUUUUGUGUGUUCGAGUUGGUGUAACUUCAGGUUUUAUGAUAUCGAUUUUGGGUGGGGAAGGCACGUUUGGGUCAGUACCGCUGGGUUGUGCGAGCCGAUGUUCUUCAACUUGAUAUUUUUGGUGGACACAACGUCGGGCAAUGGAAUAGAAGCAUGGGUGAUUAUGGAUGAACAAGAGAUGGCUCUGUUGCAGGAGGAUCCCGAGCUCUGCGCUUUUGCUAAUGUGAACCCCAGUCCUUUGACUAUCAGCAGCAAACUCUGA